UGAGCGGACAUCGGUGGAAAUGAACCUUGGGUAAGCUGCCUUAGUGCGCUAAUGACGAGUCUUCAGUUAAGCAUCAUCCAAAGAACUUUAAACGCAAGACCAGAUUUCCGUACGUCUUACCAUAGUGCGGUGACACUAAGGAUCAAAGUGGUAUAGUUGUAUACCAAAAUCUGAUAUCUUCAUGGUUUACUUUAAAAGCGGAGCUCUAAUAGAUGGAUGUUUUGGAAAGUGGAUCACAAUCUUCGCCGCUGUUGAAUAAUGUAAAACGCGUCUCAUCGGACAAAUUGUGGCCGGGUGAAGGAGCUUCAAUUUGAUUAGAGGUCGGUUUUGGUGUGAAAAACGAAUUACUUGCUACGGGUUUAUCGAAAUGGAGAAACUGUUGACGAAUGUUGCUGUGGUGAUUUCUGCAUUUAUCUACCUUCAAUUUACAGGUUGCUAUGGAACAACUGGGUCAGUUUACAGUAAGAAACUUUUCAAGAAGUUUUUCGAUGAUGAGGGGUAUAAUCGCAAUGUUCGUCCAGUUCUCAAUGUUCACACGGUUACCAACGUGCAGAUGCUGCUGUACGUCGCACAGGUUCUUGAUAUGGACGAAAGACAACAGACGCUGACUACCAACAUGUGGUUGACAUAUGUGUGGAAGGAUGAAUUCAUUCAGUGGGAUCCCGAGGAAUGGGGAAAUGUUACCAAACUGAAAGUCGCUUCGGAUCUGCUUUGGAUGCCUGAUAUUACGCUGUAUAACUGCGCUGCCGAUAACUACGUUCCCUACCUGACCAAGAAAAUAUGCAUCAUCUAUAAUAACGGUCUCAUCAACUGGGCUUCUCCUGUCAUCUUGAAGUCUCAUUGUAACAUCGAUGUCACUCAAUUUCCCUUCGAUAAGCAAAGUUGUGAGCUUAAGUUUGGUCCUUGGCAGUAUGACGGGACGGAAGUCAAUCUGACUGGCACAGGUGAUACCUCGGUCUUCAUGAGUGAUGGUGAAUGGGACAUGAAAGGCCUAGACGUGAGACAAGACGUGAAUUACUACCCAGACGCGCCUGGUAUACCCUACACCGACAUCGUCUACACCAUGCAUUUUAAGCGUCGAUCGAUGUACUAUGUCUUCAAUCUCGUCCUGCCGUGUGUUCUCGUCGCUGGAAUCACUAUCCUGGGGUUCGUCCUACCAGCUGACUCGGGAGAAAAGGUCAGCCUUGGUAUAACUGUUCUGCUAUCUCUGACUGUAUUUCUCCUCCUCAUUGCCGAGUCAAUGCCCCCGUCUAGCCACGUACCUGUCAUUGGUCAGUACUACGCAGCUACAAUGCUUCUGGUCUCUAUCUCCAUUAUGCUGACAGUCAUCGUCUUAAAUCUUCACCAUCGAGGUCCGACUUGUCGACCUGUUCCAGUCUGGAUGAGGCGAAUCUUUCUCAACAAACUCGCUCCCAUAUUGCGGCUGCAGCCAAGACGAAGCCAGAGAAACAAAGGACUGAGCAAAGACCAUAAAAUCUUCAUGAGAAUGCAGGAAAGCGAAACAUCUAUAAUGGACAUGACGACACCACUGCAUCAGAAUCACCAAUCACCUGGUGACGAGUCGCCAUUACAGGCCAUGCAAAACACCAAUAGGAACCUGCAUAGAGACGGCCCCGAGAGGGCGUGCUGCCGUCAGCAGAUAGACAUUCUGCGCAGGAUGAUGGAUCACAUGCGCGUUGUACGGGAGCAUUACGAUGGGUUGGAUCAUUCUGACUUUAUCCGUGGGGAAUGGAAGCAGGUUGCGCAGGUGGUCGACCGUUUGUUCAUGAUCUUCUACUUGCUGGGAACUAUGGCUACUUUACUCAUUAUCUUCAUUCAACUUAGCUGAAGUGACACAUACAUGAUUGGCCGAGUCAUAUAACUCGGCUGAAAUACCUCCAUCAACAUUUAAACUCACUGGUUAUACGUCCGCUUGCUAUUUGCUAGUUAGGCCAGGCUUACCACCUCACAAUAUUAACUGAGACGCUGGGUACAGGCUGAUUUUAUAGCGUUCUCAAGUAACAGUUUAUGGGCUCCGUGCACAAACGAGAGGGCGUUUUUGACCACUUUAUGAGAGCCCGGCCGUGGACGGGACACAUCGCUCUUGCGUACUGGUACUGGUAGUGGUUCGCACGCGCAUGGCGCCAAGUGCGCACGUCUUCUUGUAUUCUGAAUGUGCAUAAAAUCCAUAGCGUCUUCGCGUGAGCGUCAGGCGUUGUAAGCAAUGCGUUAUAUUGUCUCUCCCAGCGGUCUCCUCAAACUCUCCCCUUCUUACCGAGUGAGGGGGUACUUGUGCCCGGAGCCCAUACGCACGCACGAUGAGUGCGCUGUGAUUGGAUGCUAUUAAACCGUGACGCCAAUAAAUGCCUACGUAAAGGGUCAUGAUUUUCUGCUCGCCCGAUCCAAAAUCCUUGGCGUACACAUUUUUUUGAGGAAAGCUAACUGGAAAAGUUGGAGUCGUUCACUCACCUUUAAAUGAUGUGACGAUUCUUUGACUCUCAAAAUAUGCCGACAUAAUUAUCUAUGCUAUGGUUAUCUGUGAAAACCCUAAUCAUGAUUAUACUCAAAACGUGGAUGUUGCUAGGAAAAGCAUAUUAAAGAACAGAAGUAAUUAUCUUAUAGAUACUAGAAGUUGUAUUUGUAUAAGACCUUCGAUAAUGGAGUGGAUAUUUAGUAGUAAUGUAUUCUUGAGUUGUGUCAAAUUAUCAAUGAUAUAAUCAAUAACCACAUGUUUUGCGUUCGUGUGGAGUGCAAGUGGUACUAACAUUAAUUGAAUCGUAAUAUAUAGAAAGGAAGGAUAUUUUGGUGUAAAGAUUAGAAAUGCAUGUAAACUGUCAGGAAAGGAAAAAUCAUAAAUCUACGCGUGUUCGUCAAUUUUCAGUGGCAUCGCUAGGGAGUUAAUAUUAACGACUGAUGCAAUGGACUUUUGCAUGUUUUUAUUAAGAUAUCGAUUAACUAAUGGUGUGAAUACAGACAAGAUAACAUUGGUUUUCUGAGUUUUUUCUUUAAUAAUUAGUGUAUGCUGUGCAGCUGAAUAUACUAAAUCCAGGUGAUAUGAUUUUAAUACAAUAA